AUGGAUGAGCUGCAGCAGGUGGCAGCAGCUGUUCCGCAGCAGCAGGUGCCCCCCAAUGGAGAGCAGCAGCAACAGCAACAGCAGCAGCAGCAGCAGCAGCUGCUGCAGCAUCAGCUGCACCAGCAGCUCCAGGAGGAGCUGCAGCAGCAGCUGCACCAGCAGCUACAGGAUCAGAUGCAGCAGCAGCAGCAGCAGCAGCAGCAGCAGCAGCAGCAGCAGCAGCACCUGCUGGUAGCAGCAGACCUUGAGAGGGGAAGCCAGGCCGAGGGUCAGGUGCCUCUCUUAGGGCAUCGCAUGCAGCAGCAGCAGCAGCAGCAGCAGCAGCAGUUGGUGCUGCAGCAGCAGCAGCAGCAGCAGCAUCAGCAUCAGCAGCAGACAAUGCAGCAGCAUCGACCGCGCCACCAACAUCGUCACAGCCGCACAGCAGCAGCAGCAGCAGCAGCAGCAGCAGCAGCAGCAGCAGACAGCCACUGGCUGCAGCUGAGGGUCUUCAGCUCCCUCACUGUGCAUGCAAUAAAUAUCUGCGUACACUCACUCAAUGCUGUUCUUCUCUUUAAAACGUAA